GUGUGCGUUGAUUAACGCGCGCGCCACGCACGCACCGCAUCCACACGAACCGAGCCAGACCCGACGCGAGCUCCACCCCCUGCCGGUGUUUCUCUGCCCGCCCCCUCCACCUCCUCCUCUAUGCUCAGCUCGGUGUGCGUCUCCUCUUUCAGAGGGCGCAAGGGUGGCAGCAAGUCGUGCGCCAAAGCAUGCGCGAGCGCCGACAUGACUUGCCCGUCGGACAGCGAGCGCAUCGUGAUCAACUGCGGCGGCGUGCGGCACGAGACCUACCGCAGCACCCUCCGCACGCUGCCCGGCACGCGCCUGUCGUGGCUCACGGAGCCCGACGCGUGCAGUAACUUCGACUACGACCCCAAGUCGGACGAGUUCUUCUUCGACCGGCACCCGAGCACGUUCGCCUUCAUCCUCAACUACUACCGCACCGGCAAGCUGCACUGUCCCGGUGAUGUGUGCGGCCCGCUGUUCGAGGAGGAGCUCGCCUUCUGGGGCAUCGACGAGACGGACGUGGAGGCGUGCUGCUGGAUGAAUUACCGGCAGCACCGUGACGCCGAGGAGGCGCUUGACAGCUUCGAGACGCCCGAACCGGACGCACCGGAGGACGAGGCUGCGGCGCUGGCCGGUGGCGGCGGAGGGGGCGGGGCCGACGGGGACCUCAAACGGCUGUGCCUGCACGAGGACGGCGGCAAACCGAGCUGGUGGAGCGUGUGGCAGCCGCGCGUCUGGGCGCUCUUCGAGGACCCGUACUCAUCCAAAUACGCACGGUACGUGGCGUUCGGAUCCCUCUUCUUCAUCCUUAUCUCCAUCUCGACGUUCUGCCUGGAGACGCACGAGGCGUUCAACACCAUCCGCAACCGUACAGAGAAUGUGACGGUGGACAACAUGACGCGUGAGGAAGUGGUGUUCGAGAUGGUGACGGACAACUGGCUGACGUACGUGGAAGGCGUGUGCGUCAUAUGGUUCACCAUCGAGGUGUUCACGCGUGUCAUCUUCUGCCCUGACAAGGUCGAGUUCUUCAAGAGCUCGCUCAACAUCAUUGACUUCGUGGCCAUCCUGCCCUUCUACCUGGAGGUGGCGCUCAGCGGCCUGUCAUCCAAGGCUGCCAAGGAUGUCUUGGGCUUCUUGCGUGUCGUCCGCUUCGUCCGGAUUUUGAGGAUCUUCAAGCUCACGCGCCAUUUUGUCGGGCUCCGUGUGCUGGGCCACACCCUGCGUGCCAGCACCAACGAGUUCCUGCUCCUAAUCAUCUUCCUGGCGCUCGGGGUGCUCAUCUUCGCCACCAUGAUUUACUACGCUGAGAGAAUCGGCGCUGACCCCGGGGACCCCACGGCCACCGCGCACACCUCGUUCAAGAACAUCCCUAUCGGCUUCUGGUGGGCCGUGGUCACCAUGACUACGCUGGGCUACGGUGACAUGUACCCGGAGACAUGGUCGGGCAUGUUGGUCGGCGCUCUGUGCGCCCUGGCUGGCGUGCUGACCAUCGCCAUGCCCGUGCCCGUCAUCGUCAACAACUUCGGCAUGUACUACUCGCUGGCCAUGGCCAAGCAGAAGCUGCCCAAGAAGAAGAAUAAACACAUCCCACGAGCCCCGCAGCCCGGCUCGCCCAAUUACUGCAAGCCUGACGCUCUCGCCAUGGCCACUGCCUCGCCGCACAGGAUCAUGGGUAACGUGCUGGGCGGCAGCAUAGCAGGGGACUGCCCCCUGGCGCAGGAAGAGAUCAUCGAGAUCAACAGAGCAGACUCGAAGCAGAACGGGGAUGCGGCUAACGCAGCCCUGGCUAACGAGGACUGCCCCACAAUAGAUCAGGUGCUGGGGCCGGACGACCGGAGUCCAGCAACAGGGACUGGGCGCUACCCGCACGACCGCGCCUGCUUCCUGCUCAGUGCCGGCGAGUUCCGCACCACCGACAGCAAUGUCAGGAAAGGUUGUGUCGUGUCAUGCGUUUCUGCUGGCUAUGAAAAAUCCCGAAGCCUGAACAACAUUUCCGGGAUGAUGGGCGCUCCUCUGCGUUUGACCCCCAUCACUCCUAUCAACAGCGCCCCCUACGAACCCUACGACUCCCCUGGACCUCUGCGCCGCUGCCGUUCUCCGAUCCCGUCCAUUUUGUAG